AAUGUGAAGCAUGUGUUCCCAAAAGUGUACAAUAGGUGUGAUUUGGCACAAGAACUCGUUCGUAGAGAUAGUCCACUCUUUCAGGACUUGAAUACAUGGUUGUGUGUUAUUCAAAGGGAAAGCUCUUAUAACACGAGUGCACACAAUGUAUACAAUGGAGAUCACGGCUUGUUUCAGAUUAACGAUCAGUAUUGGUGUGACCCUCAAAAUGGCAAAUACAGUGCAAAUGCCUGCGCGAUGCCAUGCACCUAUCUCAGGGACGAUGACUUGACAGACGAUAUUCAAUGCGUUAAACAAAUAUUUAAUAUUCACGGCUUUAAGGCCUGGUAUAAGAAUUUUAUA